AUGGGUCUACGCUCGACUCAGUCUCAACGCUUGCAGCUGGUCAUUUCUAUCUCUUUCUGCUUCUUUAUAGCAGAAAUAUCCGUUGGUUUUUACACAAGGUCUCUGGCCUUGGUUGCAGAUGCCUUUCACUACCUGAAUGACCUGAUCGGUUUCAUCGUCGCUUUCGCCGCUUUGAAGAUAUCCGCGAAGAAAGACUCCCCCCAAGACCUCUCAUUUGGCUGGCAGCGUUCUCGACUUCUCGGUGCAUUCUUCAACGGCGUGUUUCUCCUUGCUCUGGGUGUGAGCAUUCUUUUACAAUCCAUAGAGCGAUUUGUAUCUAUCCAAGUCGUGGAGCAGCCCAAGCUCGUGCUCAUCAUUGGCUGCGUUGGCCUUGCUCUCAACAUUAUAAGCGCCUCGUUUCUCCAUGAACAUGGCCACGACCACGGCCAUUCACAUGGCGACAACUCAAGUGCCUCAAGCGUCGUGGGAGAUUCAGGCAACACAGAAAACGGUACAGAACAGGUCUUUGCUUUCCACGAUAACCAUCGCCACAACAACCACCAGCCAUCGAUGAAGGGAUAUGAUCUCGGCAUGUUGGGUGUCUUGAUCCAUGUCAUAGGUGAUGCUGCCAACAACGUUGGUGUCAUAAUUUCAGCACUUGUGAUCUGGCUCACUACGUACCCAAAUCGUUACUACGCAGACCCUACUAUCAGCAUGGCUAUCGCCCUUGUUAUCCUAACAACGUCUAUCCCACUUGUGAGAAGCUCGGGUAAAAUUCUACUUGAGAGUGUUCCAAACGGCAUUGAUCUGGGAGACGUGAAGCAUGAUCUUGAAACGAUCCCGGGUGUCUUAUCGGUCCACGAGCUCCACGUCUGGCGUCUCAACCAAGAGAAGGCUCUAGCAUCCGUCCACAUUACCAUCUCGAAAGAGACCAUCCCCGAGUUCGUACAGAUCGCCAACACGAUGACUGAGUGCUUCCAUAGCUAUGGUAUUCAUUCAGCUACCGUGCAACCGGAGCUGGGAUCUACAUCUGCGUCGGCCAUAGCAUCUGGUACUGAUGUGCACAGCGAUUGGUCUAAGCUAUGUCAAGUCAAAUGCCGUACCUCGUGUGAGGUGCUGACUUGCUGUGGCUGA